GGCCAUUGCAAAAAGCCCCAAAACCGGCGCAAAAUUGCACCUCGAUACGUGCAAAAAACACGUAAACGAUCGCACGAAUGGCCUACGCCACGCGCCGCCGCCGCCGCCGCAGCGCGAGGUCCAAGCGGCUCUGGCAGUCACUGCUGAGGCGCCUGCGCGGCCCACAGCUGAGCGCAGACGACCUGCGCACCUUCGAGGACACGGAAGUUGACGGUCGCGACCGGACCGACAGUGCCGCGCGGCUGCAGGCGCAGUGGGACGCUUCCGAGCGACCGGACCUCGACGCGCCACGAACCGAGGACGCCCAACCGGGCGAGCUCACGCUCGACGCGCACGGCCGCGUCGCCGUCGCCGACGCGCACAAAUUGGACUACGGCUACCGCGUCUUCGAUAACAUCAUAAAGGGCGCGGCGCUCGAUGCGUUACGGGAGGCGUGCGGCGCGUGCUUCACGGCGCGAGAGAAGGAACGGGAUAGCGCCUACAGCCGCGGGUCGACGUACUGGGUGCCCGCGGACGCGGACCGCGCUUCCCUAUCCAUCGUUGAGCGCGCCGCGCUCGACAUUUUUGACUUGCACAGUAAAGGCGCGAGCUAUAUCCCCUCAAAAUCGGGCGCCGAGUGGUGGACCUUGGAUCUUGAAGAUGGAAAUGGAAGCGUGGCGUGGCACUUCGACCGCGACUACGCCGUCGAAGACGACGUGAACCUCGGGCCGCACGUCGCGACCGUCACGUACCUGACGUCGGCCGGCGCGCCCACCGUCGUCGUGCCGCUCGUCGCGCCGUCGGACUCUGCCGUGAAGCCCCGGGGCGCGGGCGGGGAAGUGUUCGCCUCGCUCCCCGUCGCGGGCAAGCACAUGUCCUUCGACGGGCGCUACCUCCACGCCGCGCCGGAGGCCAUUUAUAGGAAGGAGUCCGACGAGAGGCGCGUCACGCUUUUAGUGAAUGUCUGGCUCGACUGGCGGCCGGGCGACGCGGACCCGUUACCGAGCGCCGUGCGCUCGUCAAUAAUGCCCGCCGACGACUUCGGCGUGCGGCCGCUGCUGAGACCCCCUUCUCCCUUGGAUUUCUCGGCCGAGCGGCGCGUCGUGGCGCUGCCCGUGCCGACGGAGCGAUGUUCCAAGCCGCGCGCGUGGUCCUUCCGGGCCGGCGCCCACAGGACACGUAUCAUCAUGCGGCUGCCCGGCGCGCUCGUCGACGCGCCCGACGCGGUCGUGCUCUUCCAGGAGGCGCCCGGCGCGCCGGCGCUCGUCGAGGUGGCGCCCCGGACGUGAUAUUCGUGUUCUGU